GUGAAAUAGGUUUUAUAGCAACUGUAGGACUGUUGCCUUGGUUUGGAUUUGAAAAUGUUGCAUGGUUCGUAAAUGUAGCAGUUGCAGUUUGGAGAGUCGUUGACGUUGUGCUAAAAACAUGA